AUGAUUUUAUUGAGAAAAACCAAAAUUAGGGGGCUCCCUUUUACAAGAAUAAGAAGCUCGGUGACGCUCGCACGUAUACAAAGAAGGACGCACACCAGGCUAGUGAACCCAAUAAGGCAGCAGCAUCAACAGAUCACCAAGCAAAGAAGCUCCAAGAUUUUUAAAAACGUACAUUUCUAUGAUUUUAGGUCACUGCCCAAGGUGCCCACCACGCAGUACUUAGAGGCUAGGGAGCUCACUCGGGAUAUCCUAUACAGCGGAUAUAGGCCGGUUAUGUACCCUGUGAAGGAAAACCCGCUAUUCAGAGACAAGAAGAGGGACUCCUUGCAAAUGCUGUUAGCGCCAGACGAGGCGCCAGCUGCGGAGGCCAAAGCUACUGAAAAAGACAUGCAUAAAAACGUACUGUUUGGCGAGCGUGGUACAGGCGGCAUAUCGUCAGGUGGAGUGAACGGCACGUGGAAGUACAACCCCACCGUGCCCAACGAACUACUGCCCUUCAAUUGGUGGUCCACGUCCAGCAUGGGGAUGGAGUACUUUCCUGAAUGGAAAAACGUACCUUCAUACAUGAUGAGAAAAUUGAAACCCUUUGAUAAAUCACUGCAACAACCGUUAAAGUGCAAGAGCAAGAAAAAAUUAAAAAUGAAGUAA